GUUAAAACGCUAAACGCUGAAUACCAUUUUAAGCAGCAGACAGGAAGGGGCGGAGCGCCAACCGCAGCCCCCGCCUCACCGCCGUUAGGGAAGCAGCCGCGGCUACGUGAGGCGCGAGUGUGAGCCCAGCUGCCGCUUAGCCCCCGGCCCCUCCCGGUCACCGCCGUCAGUCGAGGGGUCCGCGGGGUCUACGGUCACCCUGCGCUCCAGGCACCGCACCUGGCGAGCGGCGACACCGCGUCCAUGGCCACCGCGGCGGCUCCGUCAUCCUUGGCUCUCAAGGCCUCGAGCCUGGCCGCGGCCCCCGGCUCGUACGGGGUCUUCUGCAAGGGGCUCUCUCGCACCCUCCUCGCCUUCUUCGAGCUGGCCUGGCAGCUGCGCAUGAACUUCCCGUACUUCUACAUCGCGGGCUCCGUGGUCCUCAACAUCCGCUUGCAGGUACACUUUUAGAGCCCUGAGGAAGCCACCGGCAUCCCGGGCCUGCAUUAUGGCCGACUCCCAGGAGGCCCCGCGACGCCGCAGAGCUGAGGGUGAGGAGUCCCGCUGUCUCGCGAGAGUGCCUGGGCUCCUUCCGCGGUUGUGCUCUCCGCUCUCAGCCGAGCUCCUGUACUGUCACCGAGACCUUGCCGAGAUUAGGAAGAGGAAAUACGCGAUUCCGGGAGAAGAGAAAGAACUUCAGUUAAGACCCACGACAAUAUUUAAGAAGCUGUGCAUCCUUAAAACAAAAGCGGGACGAACAGGUUGUACUACAAAAAGGGAAAGCUACUAAAAUUUUCAGGACAAAAAUGUACAACAAGCUCAUGGUCCAUAUUAAUUUAAUAAGUAAAUUUCGGGAGUAUGAGACUGGAAUAUAAGCAGGACGCUGAAUGAGUGAGAAGCUGGAGGUCUUAAGGAUAUGCUGUGGAGGGCAUAUAUUUCUUCAUCCCACAAGAAAAAACAAUGACGAUCAGAAGCUUUCAGUGAACAAAAACUGUACAGGAAACACAUCCUUCAAAUACCAAACAAUGUAAAAUGCUGCAGGAUUUUGAACAGCGGGAGUGUAAGAAAGUGGACUGUAUUUCGGUGUCCCUAUGAGUAACAUGCAGUUCAAAAUCUUGGAGCCAAAGAGAAGGAAAUCCAGUCCUAGCACAAAGCUUGGCGACUUAUUGAAUAACAUUUAAAUAAUCAUAAUAAUGUAAAUGCUGUUUAUGGUUUUCAUCUUUUUAAGAGAAUACUUACAGUUACAAAGUUGAAUGCACAUGUUAUCAGCCUUGAUGGCGUAAAAGUGAGGGUACCUGGAAUGGUAAUGGUGUCUUAAAGUGGUAAGCUGAGAGGAAAAUUCUGUUGUCGAUGGGGGAAGAGGGCAUUUUAUUAUUUAAAGAGUAGCCAUAAAGUUGCUAAAAUGUAACUAUAUGAAAGAGAGAAGAGGAGGGGAGAACAGCAUGAGGUCAACAAGAAAUGCCUAGAGGUUAGAGUUAGGGUGGAAUGUCUCAGAUUACCUGAUGUAUUUGAAUAUAGAGUCAAGAGAUUUUUAGAUUUCAGAGAGUCUGGAGACGAAUUAGUGGUCUGCAAAAUGUUUUCUAAUUAAGGAAGCAAAGCUGAGGCAAUUAUGAACCCUGGGAAAAAUAAAAAAAAUUUUCAAGGACUACACUGCAUAACUCAACUGUGAAGAAUAUUACUACUCAUCAUAUAAAGCCAGUUAUAAUUAUAUAAACACUGAAUACAGGUAACAUUAUUAGGUAACAUUGGAAGGAUUGGAGAAGAGAGAUGUGUAUGUAAUGGGAGAGAAUCAAUCAAGAUCUGAUAUAGAAAAGUUGAUUUUAAAAAAGCAGUAUAACUUGUCACUUAGAAAGAGUACAAUAAGAAAUAGCUGAGAGUUAAAACUGGUAGUCUCUGGAGAAAGAAAAUCAGGGAUAGACAGAGAAAGGUGGAGGACUGCUGGUUUUCACUACCAGUCUAACAGUAACAGUGAUUUUUCUUAGCCAUAUGUGUGUGUUUGUGUGUGAAGAUACAUAUAUAU